CUGUCGUGACAAAAUAUCUAAUUCCUCUUUCUUCCUCUUUCCUAAAAUUUUCUCGCCACCGAAACCAGAAGUUGCAGACUCUAUAUCCGAGAAUUUAGGGUUUCUGUACGUUCUCUCUUCUCCGAUCAUCAGAUCCACGAAACUCUACUUUCCGGAUCAGGUCUCAGCUUCUCGUUUUCCCCCUCAGAUCAACAAAGUUUCAUGUCUGAACUUGAUUCCCAGGUCCCUACUGCCUUUGAUCCGUUUGCUGAUGCGAAUGCUGAGGACGCAGGUGCAGGAACAAAAGAGUACGUUCACAUUCGUGUCCAGCAGCGGAAUGGUAGGAAAAGCUUGACAACGGUCCAGGGGCUGAAGAAAGAGUACAGUUACACCAAGAUACUCAAGGACCUCAAGAAAGAAUUUUGUUGCAACGGAACUGUGGUUCAAGACUCUGAACUGGGACAGGUUAUUCAGCUUCAAGGUGAUCAGAGAAAGAACGUCUCCACGUUCCUAGUCCAGGCUGGUCUUGUGAAGAAAGACAACAUCAAGAUCCAUGGUUUCUGAGCUGCUUCUGUUGCAUUGUCCCUAGGCUGCUGCGUUUACUUAUCUAAGCGGAUCAUUACCGUUAUAUCGUUCAGUUCCGAAACAUUUCUUCACCUUCCUGUUACUCUCUUUUUUCUUUGCGUUUUAGCUUUGGUAUGAUACUAAGAGACUAUCAUCGUUUUCUUUCUCAUGCUACUUCUGUAAUAUGAUGAGAUUGUUAAAAAUUGGCAAUUAACGUUUGUCCCUUCUCUCUAUAUAUACUAUGUCUUACCAAGAUGGA